AUGCCAGCUGUUCCUGCUCCCGCCAAGGUUCUCGUCUCUGGCAUCAACGGAUACAUCGGCGCCUGGGUCACAGAAUUGUAUCUCGCUGAAGGCUACACCGUCCGCGGUACGGUGCGUAGCAUUGAGCGCGCCGGACCGUACCUACGCGAGACGUUCGCCAAGUACGGAGACAAGUUCGAGCUCGUUGAAAUCGUCGACAUCACUGCGCCUGGCGCCUUUGACGAGGCCGUCAAGGGAAUAGAGGUUGUCGUGCAUACUGCAUCGCCCGUUCACUGGCUGGCCAAAGAGCCAUCCGAGAUCAUCGAUCCUGCGGUGAACGGGACACUCAGCAUCUUGCAUUCCGUUCUUGAGUACGGAAAGGACGUCAAGCGUGUGGUCUUUACAUCGUCUAUUCAGGCAGUUUGGUCGGUGCAGGUUGACAAACCGACUACCUUCACUGAGAAGGACUGGAACGAGCAGGCGGUCCAGAUCGUGAACGAGAAGGGCAAGGACGCGAGCGGAGAGAUCAAGUAUGGUGCGAGCAAGAUAUUAGCGGAGAGGGCCGCGUGGGCGUUCGUCGAAGAGCACAAACCGACCUGGGAUCUGGCAGUCAUCAACCCGCCCUUCACCUGGGGCCCGCCCAUCCACGAGGUCCCCAGCGCCGACAAGCUCAACGAGUCGCAGAAGAUGCUCUUCGAGAUUCUGACCGGCGCCUGGCCAGAGGCGUAUGACGCGCAGGGCUACGUCGGUGCCGACGUACGCGACAUCGCGCUCGCACAUGUUCGCGCGGCACAGCUUCCACAAGCCGGUGGCGAGCGCGUGCUUGUCAGCUCGUUCAAUGUGUACCCGCAGGACUUGCUGGAUGUCGCCAAUGCCUUGCAACCAUCCAUUUGGGCUGGCUUGCCUGCGGGCCCGAAACCUGGUUCGACGAAGGACAAGGCCAAACUCAUCAAUGUGGAUACCACGCAGUUUCAGCGCCUGUAUGGGUUCCAACUCCGCUCGGUGGAGGAAACGGUGCGCGAUUCGCUCGAGGACUUCAAGAAGCGCGGUUGGGUCCAGUGA